UUUUGAGUAGCCGGAAGUAAGCCUGGGUCGCGUAGAUUAUCUGAUUUAUAAAAUAUAGCAAGUUCGAAGGCGCACCUGGAAGUUUGUGUUUUGUGCUCACACCGAUCGUUACUAAACCAGCAGGUUGGAGCAACGGUGAUAGGUUUCUCCAUGGCACAUCAACCACUCAUCAGAACAAGACAGAAAGAAAAAACAAUUAAUGGAAUUUCAACUCAGGUUGUUUGCACAGAGUUCAGCAAUUAUGUCUUCAUUGUACUUACACAGUAUGGAAAGAUUGGUACACUUGUGUCUAUAACACCGGAUUCAAGAUCGAGUGACAUCAGCACACCCAUGUUUACUACUAAGGUGCUGCUUGGGAAAGAUGAGGCUCUCACACAUGUCAUUGCAAAAAAUGUUGCGACGUUUGUCUCCCAAGAAGCGGGAAACCGACCUGUUCUUUUGGGGCUUGCACUUAAAGACCCCAGUGCUGAAAAUCUCAAAAUUCUGAAAGAUCUGAUCAAAAGCUGUCAAGUUUGGUGAUCACAAUAAUUUUAUAGAAUUAUUGAGAAACAACAUGCUACACAGACUGUUAGAUCUUGUAAAUGUAAACCUUCAUUUAACACAUGACGCCUCACUUUUUUCAUGCUUUUGCUGUUAUAUAUUUCUUACACAAACUUUAGUUUUGCUUGUUGGCAAAUACUUUGAAUAUUUCUUUCCAGGAAAAGGAGUGUCACUGCUAAAACUGAGAUGUUAGAAGAGUUAAAAUUAUUUAAUGAAUAUCCUAACAACUGUCUCUUUAUUGCUUUACCGAUUUUGUAUGCAACAGUUUGAAACUCCUAAAUAAAACUUUGUUUUCAACCAA